AUGUCCGUCUCCAAGGCGGCCAGCAACGUCGUAUCCAUUACCAAGAAACAAACGGUCCAGUCGACGGGGAUAUGGGAGACGCUCCGCAGGGCCGUGUCCAUUGACCCCAACCGGUCCAACGGCGUGCCUCUGAACCCUUACUUCCGCAACCCGACGCCGGGCGCCAACGACCCUCACGCCUACGACGACCCCGUCACCAUCCCUGCCGCCGACAUAGCCGACAACCCCUACUGGAAGAGGGACUCGCGCCGUUCCUACCCGCGGCCCAGCGCCGUCACCCAGGCCGACGUCGUCGGCCUGCUGAGCGUCGGGAGCGCCGCCCGUCCCAAGCUCGACCUCGUCGGCGACGCUGGCGAGAGGCAGCUCGUUGCCGCCAGGGAGGAGGGCCAGACGGCCGGCCUUGCCAGGCACUUGGUCAAGGCGCCGCAGGAUGCCGCAAACGAGCUCUUCGUCGGCGGUCUGCCUCCUACUCCCGCCGGGAAUGAUCCGUCCAGCGGCAGGUGGGAUGUGCACCGGUACGAGAUUGUCGGCGAGCCUUAUGGCGAAGGAUACUCUUGCCGGACUUUCAAGUAA